ACAAACCAAAUAAUUUUAAAAAGAGAAAGAUAGAUAUAAGUGAGAGUCAUCCUCCAAGGAAGGAUGUGAUGUCAGCUUUCUGACUCUGACCAUAACCCCAUCACAAACACAUUUUCAUUACAAUAUCUAGGCACCUUUACCUGUCUUGCUCAACAUAUUCUUUAACUGCAUUUAUUUUUCUGAUUGCUGGGGUUUUAUUCUAAUCAAACACUAAGGAGCAGAUAAAUUCAUAAGUUGUUCUAGUGCCAUCUUGAAAUGAUCAGAAUUAAAUCACUAAAAAUUAGACUGGAAUUGCUUCCAUGUCCUAUUUCUCUCUGUCACCUCAGCUUUGCUUUAAAAGCUGAGCUGAAGCCUCUCUGCUGCUUUCUUAAACUCUAGGAGCCCUAAAAGGCUCAAAGUUGAAAAAAGGAGCCUGAAGUCCUCAUCAAGCAUCAUUUCCCCUGAUUGCUACUCCACACAGAAGCCUCUCCAGUGCAGAGUCUCCUUCACAUCCCAGGUCCAUCCUUCACUUAACCCCGAGGUAGUUGAUUGACCUCAUUGGAUAAAAAUGGAAAAAUGUCUCAUUUUUAAUAUGUUUGAGGAAACUGACAUCAGAUCCAUUAUUUUAUCUUCCUUAGCAAGAUAAGGCCACUUCCAUUUCCUGGCACAGGUGCAUUGACUCACGACUCUUCUUGGCCAUAAUUGCGAGGGUUUCCCGCAUGCCCACAGUGAGUUUCUGUUCUGUGGACAAGCUUGCUCAGUGGGUUAGGGCAGACAGAACCUUGGAAGAGCUCCUGGCACAGCCUUCCUGCAGCCCCUGUGUUUUGUGACUCUGGGCAGAACUUCCCACACAGGAUGAUCUCGGAUCGCGGCUUACAGUACUUGGUGCUCCCCAGUGUCCAGCUGUAGGAAGCAGACUUUGGAAGAGAUUCUCAUUUUUCUAAUUUUAGAGUGUCCUUCCAGGCUGUGGGACUUGGCAUGGCUGUACCUGGCAUCCCAGGGAUUUGGGGAAGGAAGAAGAGAAUCACCUUUGGCUUGUGAUUGUGUCCUGAGUCAAUCAGGGCUUUGACAGGGAGCUGUGGAGAGUGAGCACCCCAAAGAAAUGCGGAGGAUCUUUACACACAGAAAGGGUAAAGAGGGUUUAAAGAAGCCAAAUAAGGAUGUCUCAUAUUGUAAAUGGAAAAGAUUCAAAGUGACUGAGUAGAACAGAAGAAAACAGUGAAAACUUAUUCCAAACCCUCCCACCUCCUCCUUGGGGACAGGUUUCAGGCCCUUUCUCCAGCCCAGCUGCUCCUGCAGAGCCUUCCCCAGUGCACCAUGUCUGUGGUUGUGUUUUCCAGCACAGCUGGGAGUGCUCAGUCACCCACUGAGACCCCAAACCCAGCACAGGGCUCUUCUGCCCAACUGCUUUGUCCCCUCACUGGCACCAUUGUGGCAAAGGCUGCAUCUGAGUGUCCUCCUCAGCUUCCCUCCUCCUCCUCUUGCAGAAUAACAAUGCUUUCAUUUUUUAUGUAAGCAAGCACAUUAUUCAGAGUCUAUUCAAAUUAAAGGAAAACUUGGGCCAGCAGAGGGGCUUUCCAGCACUUAACAAUUAUUGCCUGCAUAUCAGCCUUUCCCUUUCCAAAGACUAAAAGAAACACCAAAAGGUCUCCAGGGAGUUGUGAGUCAUUUGGCUUCCACAGACAGGGCUUCAAAUCUUGAGAAAAGGGAAGCAGAGCAUCCUAGGCCAGAUCUUCUACUAGAAAAAUAAACACAGUUCUCAAAAGCUUGAUGUCCAUCCAGAGCAGUGGAUCUUGAGCCUCCAUCAGCAGGAAAUGUGUCUGACAAAGCCUGGCUUGGGGAGAACUGAGCAUGAACAGAGCAGUUCUCAGCAUUGGGUGGUUUUUCUCCUAAGUAUUUUAAAAGACAUCCAGGGGUGACAGUCCCAGGCACAAUAUCCUGCUCCAGAGAGUGGCUGGGGGGUGCCAGUGUGAAGAAGGGCUUGAGGUGGCCCCUUGGGUAGCUCACAGGGAGUGAGGGGGACCGUGGUGCCAGGGGAUCUGCAUGGGACCCCACUGCUCCAUGCACCCACUUAGAGUCUGGUUACAAAGAGGUUAAGAAGAGGGGAAGGUGAAAAAAAUGUCCAAAAGCUGAGCAUGACUGACAAGGACCUACAGAGGGACUCCUUUGACCUUCAGGAGGUCUGAGGAAGGGGGAGCCCAGCACAGGGGGAGAACUGUCCCCCACAGAGAGUCUGACCCCUUUCUGCAGGUCCCUGCAGGAUCUGGGAUGCCUCAAGGCUGUGGAGGGAGGAAGAUGAUGGAAAGACACCCAAAAACUUUGAACAGCAAGUUUUCCAUCCAUUCCCCUCAGCCUAAUGCUGACUCCUGCCCUGCCCUGAAGCCAGGGCUAAGCCAGCCCUGUCCCCAAGAAAAGGCUCAACUACACCCCCUUUCCCCUUUUCUUUUCCCCCCUCACUGCCCAGUUCUAAGCAGGGAUUUUGGAUGGAAAGCUUGUGCUCCUCUCCAUGGUACCAACAUGGAAUGUGAUUCAAUUUCUGCCAGCAUUUGCCAACUUGCUGCUUUCAAGCCACAGAGGGCUGGUGGCAGCACCAGUCACUGUCUCUAAUGUUUUCCAGGAUUCACAAGCCAUCCAGACAUUUGUGUUGGCUCUGGGCUGAGUGACCUUGCAUGGAACACCAAACUUUGCCUUUCCUAUGGCUAUGAAUCCCCUCUCUGAAAGCCCAGGAGCUCUUGAGUUUACAUCUGCAGAGAGGAGGAUUUCACUUCCCUUAUAACUUUCCCUGUGUGGGUGAGCACAGAAGCUGACACAAUUUAUUUAGUCUUUCCAGGUAUUGUCUGUCUGUCUGUAAUCCUGAUGAUCCCAUAUGACAUGGAAAUCCCCAUGGGUAAUGAAGCAGUAGCUUUUCCUUGAAUUUGGUUCAAAUUCUUCAGAAGAGACAUAACUGGGGAGGAGUAGAGAGGAUAAAUUGCAGCACCUCCUUGCCUGAGCUCAGAGCUGAGCUCGGCCAAAGAGGCAGAGCAGCAUCCUGCAAGGAACAGCCCUUCCAGAGCCACCAUGCUCACUGCAAGGACAGUCCUGCUGCUCGUGGUGCUCCUCACCCUCUCCCCAUGCUCUGAUGCAGCCCCUUACGCUCCAACCGAGUGCUGCUUCGACUACGUAAAGGGCCCUCUCCGGCUGGACAACCUCGUGGGCUUCUACUCAACUCCCAGGGAAUGUUUUUUCCCAGCAAUUGUGUUUGAGACCAAGAAAGGAGCCAAGGUCUGUGCAAACCCAGAGGAGAACUGGGUGAAGAGAGCAGUUAGAACGCUUAUAAAAAAGCAAGGACUUCGUGCCCCGUGAUGUGGAGUGGGUGCCCUGGUUCAGGCUACCCAACAUCCUGCUGGGAAGGAAGGUUUACAGUCACCCUCUCAGAAGGGGCUAUGGAUGUUCCAGCUGCUGGGAGAGGGCUCCCAGAGCCCUGCGCUGCAUCCACAGCCCGGCACCGGAUCCUGGAAUGCCGCUGGCCCUGCCAGCACCUGCCUGCUGAUCACAGCCACAAAAUAAAGUUUACUUCAUGUGAUAUCAGAGAGUGGUGUCCUUUCUUCUCCCAGCCCCACAACUUCACUGCUGCCAGCAACUGAGGCUGGGAUGGUGGCUCUUCCCACUGGGUGUCACUAGGGCAGGAGGGGAGGGGGAUGGAUGGGACCAAAAGGGGAUGAAGGCUCCUCUGAGGGACUUUAGAUGCAAAACUGAUGUCAGCUUCAGGCUUAGAGGUUUCAGCCUGUGCCAUUUGUGGUGCCCUGAAGGAGCACAGCCUGCCCACCACAUGUGCCCAGCCUGUGGUGUCUCUGAGCUGGGCUGCCAAGGAAGGGUUUCCCUGCAGAGCUCCCUGGGCAGGUCGAGACAGGGGAUGCUGAGGCAGACAAGGGAUUCCUGCACACACAGCCCUGGAAAUUUUGCCCCUGCCAGGGGCCGUGGAGAGCUCAGCAGUGAUCCCUGCCAGGGCUUUGGGAGGGGGAGCAGAACUGGAAGGGCAAGAGUGAGGAAAGCUGUGAGUUAAGGACAGUUUAAUAAAUAAAGCAAAACUGUCACACAAGCAAAGCAAAAUAAGGGAUUCAUUCUCUCCUUCCCAUCGGUGGGCAGCCAUGGGGAGCAGAGCAGGGCUCCCUCACGUGUAACAGUGACCUGGGAAGACAAAUGCUGCAACUCUGAAUGCCCCCCUCCUUCCUCCUUCUUUCCAUGACAGUUCAAUAAGAGAAAAAACACAACUGAGAAAAGGAAACCUACCAAAAAUAACCCCACCAACUGAUAAAAACCCAUCACUUUUCAUCAGCCCAGAUGAUGCUCAGACAGUCCCUGAGCAGCAGCCACCUGGACACCCUUGCUGCCAGCACUCACAGCUCCUGGGGAAGGGGAUUUUGGCUGCAGCAGCUUCAGGGAUGCUUUCACAGCAGAGGCAAAACCCAUCCAGAGCUGAGGGAUGACCCUGACACACUGCAGGUCUGGAACCCGAGUGACACAGGCACCAAGAAGGUGGAGAACUCUGGGUGCACCAAGAGAGGCUUCAGCCUGCAGAAACCUCUCAAACUGCUGCCUCUCCACUUCAGGAGUCCUCAGGCCAUGGAGUCACCCUGUUUGCUUGGCCCUGGUGCCCUCUCCUGACAGCUGUGGCUCGGGUGCAGCACUGGGCUCUGGGCAGGGCAGGUCCAGCCCAACACCAACAUUGUCAUGGGCAAACAGUUCAUGUUCUCUCUUAAAGUAUUAACUUUUGUGAUUAUCCACUCAAAACCCAAAACAUUUUAUGAGUCAGUGAAUAUUUCCUACCUCUAUGUUUUUUCUAUUAUUGUCCAUGCCUAUCCAUUUUAAUUUCUAAAGUAGGGGUUUUCCUCAGUCAGAAAAUUUGUAUUAAAUGAUAAAUUAUAGUGAGGCUGCAGGUGGUUUGGACACCCAUAAAACCCUCUGCAGAGUCUGUACCCUCUCUUCUCUCCACCUGCCUUUGCAUUUGCCUAACCAGGGGCUCCACACCUGGGGAAGAGGCUGUGCCACUGAUGGGGAUGGCCUGGGAGGGUGCUGGGAACACCCCAGGCACUGCAGAGGAGGCUGGAGAAGACUAGAGCCAAAGCCAGAGGUCAACUACUGGGGCAGGGACACAGAGGGAAUCCCAGUCCUCCAGAGCCGUGUGGGGCCUUUCCAGGCCUUCAAACAUCCAACAUGCACUGAUUUUCUCUAUGAAGAACAGAUGGUGGAGGCAUCCACUAAUGCUUCUGGAGAGUGGAAUAAAUAGCUAAGGGAAAGGAGGAGAAACUGUGUGCCUCAGACAAGCCUGAAAAGGAAGCUCAGGGUUGGCACAUAAGGUUUUCUGCACUGGGAGAUGCUGGUUGGAAAGUCAUUAGCUCAGUUCUCCCUGUGCUUUUAACCCC